GAUAGAUAGAUAGAUAGAGGCGCUAGGUGCAGUUUCAUGCGACUUCUAUUUUGAAGAAAUUGGCCACGUUUUAGGUUUUGUUUUAUUGAAUUCAGGGAUUUACUGAACUUUGAUUCAGAAUUUUGGAGACCCUGUCACCAGCUUGCACGGAAAGUUUACAAGGAAAUAAUCUUGAGAUCGAGUGAGAAUGCCGAAGAAGAAGACUGGUGCUCGCAAAAAGGCCGAGAGGCAGAAGCUUCGACAGAAAGGAAUCCGAUCAGGAACAGAAGCCAGGAGCGUGGUGGAAUGGCCUUGUAACUUUACCAUGGAAUGUGACACCUGUCACAGAAAGCAAAAGAAUAGAGCCUUCUGUUACUUCUGCAAGCAUGUUCAAAAGCUUCCUGUUUGUGCACAAUGUGGGAAGAUGAAGUGCAUGAUGAAGACAGGUGACUGCAUCAUUAAGCACGCAGGUCGAUUUACAACAGGCUUAGCUAUGGUGGGUGCAGUAUGUGAUCACUGCGAAGCGUUUAUAUGUCACGGAAGGAAAUGUUUGGCCGUUCAUGGUUGCGAGUGUCCGCUCAUCGACUCUGUUUGCCUGGAAUGUGACCGAGGGGUCUGGGAACAUGGUGGACGCAUUUUCCAGUGUGCUUUCUGUAGGGGAUUUCUCUGUGAAGACGACCAAUUUGAGCACCAAGCCAGCUGUCAAAAGCUCGAGUCAGAAAGCUACAAAUGUGGCUCGUGUAAUAGGCUAGGACAAUAUUCUUGCUUGAAAUGCAAGAUCUGCUUCUGUGAUGACCAUGUUAAAAGAAAAGGUAUCAAGUAUAUCAGGAAUCAGGCCUUUCCUUGCCCAAAGUGUGGUUAUGAGACCAAGGAAACCAAGGACCUCGCCAUGUCUAUCCGUAAGGUUGACUUUGGAAGGCAGCGCAAUCCAAAUUCAGAUGAUGAUGAUGAUGAUGAUGAUGACAGAGGAGGGGGCGGAGGGAGCGGAGCUUCGGGGUAUGAGGCAUUCUGGGCAAAGCUUGAAUCAGGAGGUGGAGGUGGAGGUGGAGGAGGUUAUAGUUAUCAACAUGACAACUAUGAUGAUGAGGAUGAUGAUGACUAUGAUGACGAUGAUGAGGAGGAUGAGGAGGAAGAGGAGGAAGAAGAGGAUGAUGAUGAUGAAGAAAAGACAGUAACAGAUAGUAUAGACAAGCUGAAAGUUAGUGAUAACUCUUGAUAAUGACUAUUUAUUAUCUUAGAAGACAUUAAUACAUUUAUGUAAGCAGGGAAAAUAUUACUUUCAUUAUAAUAAUUCCUUAAUAUAACUUCAAGGAAAAUGAAUGAGGAAAAGAUAUAGUAACUGUGGUUCCAGUUCUCUUCCAUAAAAAUAAGCUGCUGUUUAAGUAACUCCAAAAGUCAAAAUUAAUCUUUCAGCCAUGGUCCGGACUUGUGUCCGCCAACUAUUCCUAUUUUAGAGGAAUGAUUACUAUUUUUUGGUCUUGAAGCUACUGUUUUGAACCCUAGACUCCUCUUUUUUCUGAAAUAUGCUGUGUUAAAAUUCUACAAAAUCGUCUGUAUUUCUAAUUUUGCCUUGACAGAUUCCCAAUUUUUUCCUACCAGUCACAACUUUUAAUGAUAUCAAAUUACAGUGGAAGCCCAAUAUAAAGACCUUGGAUAUAACAAAAUACCGCAUUUAACAAGGUUGCUGGUCCAUGCUCUAUAUAUUCUUUUAAAAAAAUAAUUUUACUCUAAUAUAAGAGGAUACCUGAUAUAAUCUAACAAGAUGAUUUACAUGGUACCUAUAUCCUUGUAAUAAAAAAUUUCAGCAGUUUCACUGUAUGAUUUUAUUGUACUAAUGGCAGGAACAAGAAUAAUCAGCUAAGUAAAGACUGUUCGAGCAUUUUUUAUAAAUAAAGACAAAUAGUUAGUGGUCAAGUGGGGUAAAUCUCCUGUUAAAGAACUCUACAUUCCAUGAAGGUCUGCAUCACUUUCUAUGAAGUGGAAAAUUACUUUUAUUUUAGUUGUACAUGCAUUUUAGAAUAUUUUAUCUGGUAAGUUGUAUCAGUGUUUUGGUUUCUUGAGAACAGUUUUCCAUAAUUUGAAGUCAUUUGAUUUAGGGUGCGUUCAAGCAAUUUUUUGAAGCUAGAAACAUAAACAUGAAUCACAAAUCAAAACGCUGUUACAAAACACAGUUACUGCGGGAGAUCGUUCAAGCGAUUUUCCAUCAACGCUAAUUCUUGCUCAUUUCAUGCCCAAGUCACUGCUCUUUACUCAGGAAGUAUAGGUCAACUUUGGUGUGCGCUUUCUGAAUGUGUUUAUGGUCGACUGUCGACUGCUGUUUUGAGCGGAAGCAGGCCACGAUAAUGACGUCAGAGAAUCAUGAUUGAGAUCUCUGUUACGUUCAAGCGAUUUUUAGUGAAUCAUGUUACAAAACGCAUCUUUUUCAGCGUUUCAUUUUUGUAUUUUGAAACCGACAAUGCAACCGUGUUUUAUAUUACCGGUAAACGUCUUUGAAACGCAUAUCUAGGGUGAAAAGGUGUCGCUUGAACGCACCCUUAGUGUACUAUAUAUUUUAUUCAUUCUCAAAUGUUUGAAGCAUCGAGUGUACAACUCAUAAGUCGUUAAGCCCUUAUUCUCAAGAGCAGGCCAAGCGAAGACUGUCCUAAGCUAGUCCACUGAUGUACAUAAUAGGGACCUUUAGAUUUGUGUGGACUGAUACGUGUGACAUCCAUUCUAGGCAGUGCAUUAAAAGGACGUCGAUCAUAGCAAUCCACGUUGUUGUUGUGCAAAUCUAAAAGUCCCUAAUGACAAAUGUGAACCUCUCCAUCCAGUGAGGAUCACCACUAUUCUGUAACAUUGUGAGUCCAUGCUAUUGUGUCCUGUGAAACCUAGGUCUUUAAUUAAUUAAUUUCAUCCAAUAUUGACAAAUCUCUUAAUAUGGCCAUUGAGUCAUUGGCUAAUGGUUGUGAUAUAGGGAAGAACCUCCAUCACAAAAGUUCAUGUUUAACCGUUUACCAAAAGCACUUUUGUUGUUUACUAUGAAUGGCCAUUGGCAAAUAUGUUUGGAAAAAGUAGCUGUAUGUAACAAAUGUCCUACAUGUAUGUGUACUCCCUAAAUCUGUGUGUUGUAGCAUACAGAAAUGUAUGUUAAGUGCAGUAUGCUUUAAAGGGAUAAUCGAGUUCUGUUUUCAGACCGGAAGUGUCUUCAAAGUGGAUGGUUAUUGCUUUUAACCUUAUCUAUGACAUUUAUAGUGCUCUUUUAGGACCUAAAAUUGCUAGCUAAUUUUAGACCCCAAAAUGUAUGAAAUUUAGCUAAUACGAUCAUACCAAU